AGAGAGAGAGAGAAAAGUGCUGCAGCAGCUCAAAACUAACAUGGCGGUCGGUGGCUCUCACCUCAGCCGAGCAGCUCUUUUAUCGACCUGUCAGCGGCGCUGAUCGCCCGAGAGGCCAGUGAAUCGCGUGUACGUCGUGCAGAAACGCGGGGCCUUACUCGCGGCGCCCAGUGCCAGUGCUGUUGGCGCCGAUCUCAGUCGAAUUUUGGCCGAAUUUGGCCCACCUGGUCGCCUCCCCUCGGCCGAUGGACUCUCUAACACGCCGAUAGCUCACCUGCCCCCCGGACGCAACAGCAAGGAGAUGUUAAGCGGUUAAACCAAAAGCAGCAGCAACAGCGGGAGGAAGAAAACGAGGACGAGUUUCACUCUUCUGGAGAAGAGGAGCGCGCCGGAGACCAAAACAACAACAUCAAGAUGACCAGCGAAGACCUGCUGCAGCCUGGCCACGUGGUCAAAGAGCGAUGGAAGGUAUCCCGGAAGAUCGGCGGCGGUGGCUUCGGCGAAAUUUACGAGGGUCUCGACCUGGUCACCAAGGAGCAGGUCGCACUCAAGGUCGAGUCGGCACGACAGCCCAAGCAAGUGCUCAAAAUGGAGGUGGCCGUGCUGAAAAAGCUGCAAGGGAAAGAUCAUGUUUGUAGAUUUAUUGGCUGUGGACGUAACGAUAGGUUUAACUACGUGGUGAUGCAACUGCAAGGCAAAAACCUUGCUGAACUUCGAAGAGCGCAACCAAGGGGUGCUUUUUCUUUAGCGACCACUUUGAGAUUGGGACUACAGAUACUCAAAGCUAUUGAAAGCAUCCACUCGGUGGGAUUCCUCCACAGAGACAUUAAACCGUCUAAUUUCUCAAUGGGUCGAAUGCCUCAAAACUGCAGGAAAGUAUACAUGUUGGAUUUUGGUCUGGCCAGACAAUACACGACAGCAACUGGCGAAGUUCGGGCUCCCCGAGCGGCAGCUGGUUUCAGAGGAACGGUUCGAUAUGCUUCAAUCAAUGCGCACAAAAACAAGGAAAUGGGCAGGCACGAUGAUCUCUGGUCUCUGUUUUACAUGCUCGUGGAGUUUGUAAAUGGUCAGUUACCGUGGAGGAAAAUCAAAGACAAAGAGCAGGUUGGCUUGAUGAAGGAAAAGUACGACCACAGACUGCUGCUCAAGCAUCUUCCUUCAGAUCUCAGGCAGUUCCUCGAACACAUCCAGUCUUUAGAAUACGCUGAAAAGCCCGAUUAUGCCAUGUUAAUUGGUCUAUUUGAGCGAUGCAUGAAAAGGAGAGGAGUUAAGGAAUCUGAUCCAUAUGACUGGGAGAAGGUAACCACAGAAAAUCUGGCGCCACUCAGCACAACAACUUCUCCUUCGCCAGCUCUUAUCAGUAGACCUACCACAGGGAUGCUGCCAGCUAGUCGUAUUACAGACAACCAUGUUGAGGACAACAUGAUUACUAGUCUUGACAAUAACCAAGAAAAUAUUGAACCUGACAACAGGAAAGAGCUUGAGGCUCAAAUGGACUUUGAAGCUAGUCGGCGGAGGCGCAGGGGCGAUGCUUACAUUCAGGAGCCCCAGCAAACCACCGAACUGCGCACUGAGGGUCGGGAGGCAAAACUUGUUGUAGACAGAAACUGCAACGCCAGCGUCGUAAGCGUUGACAAGUUACAGAAUGAGGUGGAAAAAUCGCCAAAGAGAAGGCCUGGAAGGAGAACUGCUGGGGAGGAGCCAGAACAAGCUGCUCGCGCCUCAACUGGAGAUAUUGAUGGUGAGGUCAUGGCUGUGAACAUGUCUGGACGACCUGUGUCGGCUCCUUCCGGAAUCGGGAACGACAAUCAGAAACGUGCUAAGGCGGAUGAAGCUGAGACCACGCCAGAGUUGCCUAGUCCUAGGGUCAGAGAGGGAGUUACAGAGUAUGAUGGCUCAGUCUACUCGUAUGAUGUCACAAGAGCAGCCGUGACAACUGUAGCUACUAGUGUUGCUGCCUCAUCUGCUGCAGGCAAGCCUGUGACCGAGAGUGGAAACGCAGCCAGCGCUGCUGCAGGAGGUUCUCCAAGUGAUCCCAGGGAACCUCUCAAAGAGAAGGUUGCGCAUAGGGUCAGACGUUUCCACUCUGCCGGCCGAAGCAAGCAUCGUGGAGUUGGCGCUGACACUUCUAUCACCCAAUACGCACUAAUUGACGAUGACAACCUGUCUCAGCAAGUCACAAGGGGAGGAGGAGGUCUCACUUUGGCAUCUCAAUGGAAAUCUCAGUUUGAUGAUUCUGAAGAAACAGACAACGAGUGGAAGCAAGAAAAUCUGCAGAGUCCAGAACACAGAGCGCAUCACCGAGAGAGCUUACCUGCAGAUUCAUCGAUUGCUCUCAUGACUGACCGGUCCUUCAGAGCGCCGAUUUCCGCCGCGCUACACGUCCCAGCGCCUACCUUGGUACAGAAGCCAGAAGAGCCAGUCAACGGAGCUCCUCCUGAACUAUCAAGAAUCAGUGAGGACUCUCGACAAGAUAAACAACCAGCUGCCCUGAGCCAUCAGGUUGCUAAUGCUGUCGAGGGCAGAAUCACAGUGACCCCAGCGGUCUUGUCCACGCCUGUCAGGCAAAAGUCCGUUUCGCCGCGCCCGAGGCUCGCAUGCCUGCACAUCGCAGGCAUUGAACAGUUCCCUGAGCUGCAGGGAGCUUUGCCUCGCGCAUGGAGCUGUCCAGACAUCGGACCCCACAUAAGACCAUCGCUGGAAGCUCCAUUGCUGCAACAAGCUGCAUUUGAUGAGAUUGUCUACCAAGUGGAUGUGAUGAGGAACGUAGCCUGCAGACGAACCGUGGAAGAGAGAGAUGAAGAGACAAAAACCAAAGAGGCUCAAAGAAGGCUCAGUGUGCCUGCCAUUCCAUUGUCCUCUCCAACGGGUGAUAAGUCAGAAGAGGAGUGCAUGCCACAGCCUGUUUCUGGCCGACUGGAGAUUAGGGUUGUUUCCAAACCUGAACAGCCGGAUGUUGUACCUGAGGUAGUGCAUGAAAAUGGAUUUGACAAGCCAAGACCGAAGGGAAUCCUCAAGUCCAGUAGCGGCUCUGCACUUGAAGUUGCCAAUUCCAUUAGCAAAGAGGGUUCUCCCCCAGGUAUAGUGAAAGCCCGUAGUCCUGUCAGUCCUGGCGCCGGCCUAACCGCAGCCGAGGACCCUUCUAUUUACUUUGAUGCUGUUACUCAAGCUGAGGAAAACGUCAGGGGAGGCUCCUUGGAGCCCAGCCAGAGAAUCAGUACUGAAAGAGAAAUCAAGGAGGAGGCUGAAGAUGAGGAGGACGAAGAAGAUAUUUCUCCCAAGAAGACUAACUCCACUCCCCCAAGGACGGAGGCUACUCCUGAGCCUUUGUCUUGCCGGAGCGAAGAUGGCGACAGCAAACGUAACUCCAGGAGCAAAAUUCCAGUGCCAGUGAGGAGCAGUCCUCCCAGGGCUAGUUUAUGCUAUUCGGGUGAUAGAGAGGAGGUGCUUGACGGCAACUGCGCUGUGCGUUUUUCGGACGAGGAGCAGAGAAUGCUGGCCAGCCUGUUGCGGAGGAGUGCGACGGCGCCAGCCGUGCCUGCCCAGCUGGACGAGGAGCUGGGAGGGUGCACGCCUGCCCUGCGGCGCCGCCGCCAGGGGGACAAGUACGUGACCGACGAGAGUCAGCUCAACCUGCGGUUCCACCGCCGGCGGCCACGGCCGAAUUCGGCCACCACGGCCAUCAUGACGAGUGACUCUAGACCUGUGGUGCCCAUAAGGCAAAGGCCCCGCUCUCAAGGCGGUUCCGUUACUAAUCGCGAGUCUCGGGGUAUACCCACAUACCUGCUGGGCCUGAACCCUGGCGGCGAAGAGAGCAGUGAGGCAGACUCAGACUCGCUGCAACAACAACAGCAGCAGCAUUCUCCAUCUCCUAACCCUCCCCCACCUCCUGGUGACCCAAAAAUGGAGAACAGAGCAAGGUGUCGCCGGUUUCACCCGAUGGCCCUGGACGAGCUAAGCCAGCCUCCUCCCCCGCCUGAAGCCAGCACAUGAAUUUAUGAGCGCCUCCCCGACUUUUGCUUUCCGGCUUCAACAUCAUCUAGUUUCAGCGGCUCGACGAAGAAAAAAAGAAGAAACCACUCACCAGCAGCGGCAUCCCGUGUAUUCCAGAUGCAGCUUUGACAUGAAUUGACUCUCCUUGAUUGGUUAAAUGAGUAAUCAAUUGACAACUAUUUUCAUCUACUUACGAGUAGUUGUGUAGGAAUUUUUGAGCAUCUCCGUCAGUAAUAAUAAUUAAAAGAGGAGCUCGGAGGAGGACUAGCAGAUGAUUUCUGAUUCUGGCAACAGUUUGAGUCUUAAAUAAUACUUGCUUCAACUGCAUAUCCCUCUGACAAUGAGCGGCGACUGCAGUCGGUCAUCGAUUAAACUGCUUAAUCUCUCUAAUUUUAAUUUAGGAACUCAUUUUUGAAUGUUGAAUUGUUAGUUGGUAAGGAUUAGACUGGAUAAUCGAUUACAUUGGCUGACGUUUCUUUUGCCUUGUCUUGUGAGAGGAGAGACACAUCAUCGUACACACAUUUUGUUUUGUGCUGCUUUUUUAAUGUCGCGUUUAUUUUAUAUGAAGGUUGUGAUUUUUUUAUUUUGUGCAAAUGGUUGAGUUCUUGCGCGUCUCUCCUAGAAUUGUGAUGAAGAAUUAAUGUUAUUGGAUCACUCUCACUCUGCUGAAUAUAAUAGUCCUUUCCUAGUUGAUUUUAAUGCCCAUAAUUAUUUAUUGAGCGCUUUACGUAAAAAUUUAUUGCUUCACUUUGACACAGCAAAAUGGUCUGGUCUCUUUCCUGUCUGAUCCAGGCUUAUCUGCGUUCAGUACAACUAGAUGAUCACAUAAUUUGUUUCCCACCUGCUAAUAUGCUGUGCUGAAAGCGAAGAUUGUGUAGUGUGGUGCGUGUCUGUGUAGAUUUGUGUCAAGUUCGCUACUUGAGAUUGUAUUUGUUUCUAAAAAACUAAAUUGCUCAUUUUUUAUUUUGAAGAGUUUUAUCUGCCAGCGGGUUUAUUUGCGGUAUCUCUCUAAAUAUGCUUCAAUCCAUUAUCAACAGCUUUGGUUUGAAGGCUCUUGAGUAAGUAAAAACGAACCUAACCUAUACAAAUAAUCUCAUUCAGCAGCUUGGAUAUAAAGAAUAGUUCUAGUCAAGGUUUUUGUUCUUAUUUUGUGAACGCUAUGACGCGCAUUAUGGUAAUUGCAUCGAUAGAGGAAAAUGAUAAACUGCGCUGAGAUUGUCAAAGAUGAAAACUACUAUAGUUUGCUAAGCUGAUGGCGAAAACUGAUUGCAGUUAAUACGAACUGUGUAUAUUAAUUACCACAAGAUAAUGUACAUGAACGAUGGGACUUUUGUUUGUAUAUUUUGUUAUAAUCACAAUAUCACUAUUGUAUUGUGGCACAAUUUCACUUUAAAAGAUGAGAAUGUCAACAAAAAUAAAAAUGCUACUGAUCUAAAAAAA